UAAAACUAAUUUUGCCUUUGUGCUAUUAUUUCCCUUUCCUAAGCGAACACCGGCGUAACCGCCUCCAUUAUUUAUUCUCUCUUCCUCUUCUUCACCCCUGACGAAACUAGAAAUUUGAAUCCCUUAACAAUUAUUCCUGCUCGUAACACAUUACAAACAUGGGAAUCCAUGGGGAAAAGAGUCGACAUAGCAAGAAACACAAAUCAUCCAAGGACGAUCACCACCGAGUGACUGAGGAUGGGAAUGCCUACUUUGCAGCUGAAGAUUUUGAUGAUGAUCGCAUUCCCGAGGGCGAGCCUAAGAAGAGAGAUUUCACCAAGUUGGAACUGAAGCCCGAUCAUUUGAACCGCCCGUUGUGGGCUUGUGCUGACGGGCGCAUUUUUCUUGAAACUUUCUCCCCUUUGUAUAAGCAGGCUUAUGAUUUCCUCAUAGCUAUUGCCGAACCAGUUUGCAGGCCGGAGUCAAUGCACGAGUAUAACUUAACACCGCACUCGUUGUAUGCUGCUGUUUCGGUUGGUCUGGAAACAGAAACAAUCAUAACCGUCUUAAAUAAAUUGUCAAAGACCAAGCUGCCUAAAGAAAUGAUUGACUUCAUACAUGGGUCCACUGCCAAUUAUGGUAAAGUUAAGCUAGUGCUGAAGAAAAAUCGGUACUUCAUUGAAUCCCCAUUCCCAGAGGUCUUGAAAAAGUUACUGAAGGAUGAAGUUAUUGGCAAAGCUCGGAUUUCUGCAGAGGUUGUUCAUGGAGCUGAUGGAUUUACGGUCAGCAAAUCAUUGAACGAGUUGGGAGGUGGUCAUGAUGAUUUGCUUAGUGAAGCUGAAUUGGCAGCUGCAGCCGAGGAGAAAGAUACUCAUGCAUUUGAAAUUGAUCCUGUACAGGUUGAAAAUGUAAAGCAGCGAUGUUUGCCAAAUGCUCUUAAUUAUCCAAUGUUGGAGGAAUAUGAUUUCAGGAAUGAUACGGUCAACCCGGAUCUUGAUAUGGAGUUGAAGCCUCAUGCACAACCCCGGCCAUACCAGGAAAAGAGUCUGAGUAAAAUGUUUGGGAAUGGUAGAGCAAGAUCUGGUAUCAUUGUGUUACCAUGUGGGGCCGGAAAGUCUCUUGUUGGUGUAUCUGCAGCAUGUCGUAUAAAGAAGAGCUGCCUUUGUCUGGCCACAAAUGCUGUGUCAGUGGACCAAUGGGCAUUUCAGUUCAAACUUUGGUCCACUAUAAGAGAUGAUCAUAUAUGCCGUUUCACUUCUGAUAGUAAAGAGAGAUUCCGUGGGAAUGUUGGAGUAGUUGUGACAACAUACAACAUGGUUGCUUUUGGCGGUAAACGUUCUGAAGAAUCUGAGAAGAUUAUUGAAGAAAUAAGAAAUAGAGAAUGGGGAUUACUUCUCAUGGAUGAGGUGCACGUUGUUCCUGCUCACAUGUUUCGGAAAGUCAUCAGCAUUACUAAAUCGCAUUGCAAACUUGGGCUUACUGCCACACUUGUGAGAGAGGAUGAGAGAAUCACUGAUCUGAACUUCCUUAUCGGUCCUAAAUUGUACGAAGCCAAUUGGUUGGAUCUGGUAAAGAGUGGCUUCAUUGCAAAUGUACAGUGCGCUGAAGUUUGGUGUCCGAUGACGAAAGAGUUCUUUGCUGAGUAUUUGAAGAAAGAAAAUUCCAAGAAAAAGCAGGCAUUAUAUGUGAUGAACCCUAACAAGUUUAGAGCAUGUGAAUUCCUGAUUCGCUUUCACGAGCGGGAGCGUGGGGACAAAAUAAUAGUUUUUGCUGAUAAUCUUUUUGCCCUCACGGAGUAUGCAAUGAAGCUCAGGAAGCCUAUGAUUUAUGGUGCUACCAGCCAUGUUGAGAGGACAAAGAUUUUAGAGGCCUUCAAAACUUCCAAGGAUGUGAACACAAUAUUUCUCUCUAAGGUUGGUGAUAACUCAAUAGAUAUACCUGAAGCAAAUGUGAUAAUUCAAAUUUCAUCACACGCUGGUUCAAGACGUCAAGAAGCUCAACGUCUUGGUCGUAUUCUUAGGGCAAAGGGUCGACUUGAAGAUAGGCUGGCAGGAGGAAAGGAAGAGUAUAAUGCCUUCUUUUACUCACUUGUAUCUACUGACACACAGGAGAUGUAUUAUUCCACUAAAAGGCAGCAGUUUUUGAUUGACCAAGGUUACAGCUUUAAGGUAAUAACAAGCUUACCUCCUCCUGACUGUGGGGCGGAACUUAGCUACAACAAGCUUCAGGAACAGAUGGAUCUCCUGAGGAAGGUGCUAAGUGCUGGGGAUGACGCUGUUGGUUUGGAGAUGCUGGAAGAGGAUGCGGAUGAGGUAGCCCUUAUGAAAGCACGUCGCUCCUCGGGAUCAAUGAGUGUCAUGUCGGGUGCUAAUGGGAUGGUUUACAUGGAAUACAGCACUGGACAUAAGAGACUUGUGAAGAGCAAGCCCAAAGAUCCAUCCAAACGACAUUAUCUAUUCAAGAAGCGUUUCACAUAGAGAAACUAGAAUAGAAGAAUUGGGUUCAGAAUACUUGUUCAAUGCUCAUGUUCAAUUUUGAAUGUAUUUAUGUAAGAAAUGAUGAUUUUGUACAUCUAAAAGUAAUCUAAAUGAAAAGAACUUUAUACUUCUAUUUGUAUUACAAA